UUCGAAAAUCGUCGAUUCUGAAAGCAAGUCCUGCUGCUUUUCGAUCGAAAUUUUAAGCUCGCGAGACGUCGCGACGCUUUCUAAAAACACAAUCGUAUAUUAUAUAUAUGCGAGUUUCGGUGCUAGUUGCAAUGCUUUUAAACUUUCAUUAGUGUUUUGAGGUUUUUUGAUUUUUUUUUCUUUUUGGAAAACCAACUCAAAUGACGUGAUGGCACUAACAGACCAAAUCAACGUACCGGUACCCGAUUCAGAAGAUCAAGACUGUGUAGCUUACAAUGCGAAAACUGGCACCGUCUAUUCACCACCUGAAUCUCUGAACAAUGCUUCGAUGAUGAGUGGUUCCCAAUCGAACCUGUGCAAUGGUUCAUCCAAUAAUGUCCAAAUUGCCAAAGCCAACAGCCUCAAAAAGGUACCAAAUCACUCAAAAAAGGCAAUCAACAUCACUCUGACGCAUUUAUCCAAAAGAGCUCCAGUCGACAUACAAUUUAUAGAUCUAAAAUAUUCAGUGUCUGAAGGCCGCAGACGCGGCUACAAAACAAUCCUCAAAGGCGUAAAUGGAAAAUUCAAAUCAGGAGAACUCACUGGCAUUAUGGGCCCUUCUGGGGCUGGAAAAAGUACCCUAAUGAACAUCUUAGCUGGAUACAGGACAUCAAAUCUUGAAGGCUCAGUACUGAUCAACGGAAAAGAACGCAGCUUGCGGCGUUUCCGAAAAAUGUCCUGCUACAUUAUGCAGGAUGAUUGUUUGUCGCCCCACUUAACAGUUAAUGAAGCGAUGACGGUCUCAGCGAAUCUCAAAAUCGGCAAAUCGGUUUCGUAUAGCGAAAAGAAAGCAGUCAUUAAUGAAGUUUUGGAUAUUUUAGGCCUACUAGAGUGUACAGAUACAGCUUCGGUUUGUUUAUCAGGUGGACAACGUAAAAGGUUGUCUAUUGCUUUGGAGUUGGUUAAUAAUCCUCCUGUUAUGUUUUUUGAUGAGCCUACUAGCGGUUUGGAUAGUUCUUCGUGUUUUCAAUGCUUAUGCCUGUUGAAAUCUCUUGCCAGAGGUGGUAGGACUAUAAUAUGCACAAUUCAUCAACCUUCUGCAAGGCUGUUUGAGAUGUUCGACAACUUGUACAUGUUGGCCGAAGGCCAGUGCGUCUACAGGGGGCCAGUGAUGAAUUUGGUACCGUUUUUGUCCAGCAUGGGUUUGAAUUGUCCCAGCUAUCACAAUCCUGCCGAUUAUGUUAUGGAAGUAGCUUGCGGCGAACACGGCGACUACGUCCAAAAACUAGUAGUAGCAGUGAACGCAGGCCGUUGCAACCAAUCCAAGGCUUUGGAAAGCCGAAAACUGACCAACGACAUUGCCAAAUCGAACGGAGAAUGCCUCAAAUUGCCAGGGCCUACUUGUACAACCUCUUUGCUGGACUCAUCUGAGAAUUUGACUCAGGACAAACAUGGGUUUCCCACUUCGGGGCUGCGACAAUUUUGGAUUUUGUUUGUUAGAAGUGUUUUUAUAAUUUUUAGAGAUAAAACUCUUACAAGACUAAGACUGGUGGCUCAUUUCGUCAUUGGAGUACUUAUUGGGGCUAUUUUCUAUGGUAUAGGCAAUGAUGCUGCUAAAGUGAUGAGCAAUGCAGGUUGUCUCUUUUUCACUGUCAUGUUUAUGAUGUUCACCGCUAUGAUGCCUACCAUAUUGACUUUUCCAUUGGAAAUGUCUGUAUUUGUACGAGAACAUUUAAACUACUGGUACUCAUUGAAGGCGUACUACUUUGCCAAAACUUUAGCUGACAUACCUUUUCAAAUAAUCCUAACAACAUGUUACAUUGUGGGAGUCUACUUCAUCACCGACCAACCUUUAGACCCAACAAGAUUCUUCAUGUUUUUACUCAUUGCGGUACUUACAGCUUUAGUGUCUCAAAGCUUUGGGCUUCUAGUUGGGGCAGCAUUCAAUAUAGAGAGUGGAGUAUUCCUUGGUCCAAUCUCCACAAUCCCAAUGGUACUAUUCUCAGGAUUCUUUGCCAAACUUGAAGACAUCCCCUUUUAUUUUUCCUGGUUGCCUUAUUUGAGUUAUGUAAAGUACAGCUUUGAAGGUACCAUGGUUGCUAUUUACGGUUUAAAUAGGCCAAAGUUGACUUGUACAUUGGACUAUUGCCAUUUCAAGUAUCCAAGUACGUUUUUAAAUGAGAUGGGCUUUAAAGGGGAUAUGGAAACUUAUUUUAUUGAUAUUGGGGUGUUGACGGGGUUGUUUAUUUUCCUCAGGGUGAUUGCCUAUUUCGUUUUAAGGAUAAAACUGUUUCACAAUCGUUAAAUUUGCCCAAUUGAUUGGAAAAAUAAUAUGUGAUAGAAGAGAUUUUUAUUAUUGUGAUUUGUAUAUGAGGUGUUUGUGAUGUUUUUUUUUUAGUUUAUAUAGUUUGUCAUCACUCAAAUGCUUUUAUUUUACAAACGAAAGUAUUUUUUUUUAAAGUAUUAUCUGUAUAUAGGUACUUUAUUCCAGGAUUUUUAGCCUUAUUGUUGAUCCUCAGUCUUUUUUUAUUUUUCAAGCUUAGGAAAAAUGGCCUUAUUAUAUAGAUUAGUUAUAUGUAGCAGUAAUUCAAGUUAUGAAUUUGAAUUUGGCUGCCAUUAAAUUGCUCAAUUAUUGAGUUAAGAUUGAGGAUAAUUUAUUAUUAGGCCCCUAUUACAUCGUGUAUUUUUUUCAUAUAGUUCAGGAAGAAAUACACGGAAAAAUACACAUCAGAUGUAAUACAGGCAUUAGACAUACACAAAUUAGUUAUAAAAUAUAAUAUGGUAUCUGGACUUUUUUAUUAUGACCCCUCUGUAUUAAUUUUAUUUUUGUAUUUGUGUUUUAUUAAGAGAUUAUUGGAAAUAGAAUUUUUCACUCAAACUCUUUGUACCUAUAUACCAAAUGUAUUUACUAAUGAAAUAAUAAUAAUUAGUAGUUUUUAAUUGAUUAGUAAUUGAUAUUUAUAUAAUAUUAUUAUAAUAAAUUUUUUAUAUCUGCCUUAA